AUGUUACCCGGAUUAUGGGAUUUGCCAGUAUCACCACCUGCUUGGUCCUUACUACAAAAAAUCAUGGAAAAUAUUAAAUUAAUAAAAGCUACAGGAAUAAAUAUACAAGUUGAUGAUAGUAUGUUAAUUUUUAUUUAUGUUUGGUAUGAUAUUCUUAAAUUUGAUCCAAAUGCAUUAACAUUUACCGACAAUUAUCUUAAUGAAAUGAAAUAUCCACAUUCAUUUUAUCGUUAUCCAAGAGAUCUAACGGCUCAUCACACUGGUUCUGUUACACACGGUCGAACUCGAAAAUUACCAAUUGGUGCUUCAAAUGCUCAAGUGCCGUUUAUGGAAGAUAUGGAUGACCCUUCAGCUGAUGAAAAUGAAAUUGAUAACAGUAAACUUAAUUUUUCAAUACGACAUAUCCCUACGACAAAAUCAUCUCUUUCACCUAACAUAUCAUCCUUUUCAAUGAGUUCAAAAGAUAAUCCUAAUAGAGAUUCUUCUGAUAUCCAAACACAAAUUACAAAUGAACAAAUUAAAAAUUUAUUCACUGAUAAUGCAAUUUUACAAAAACAACUCGAAUCAAAAACUUUAUCAGCUGUAGAAGAACGAAUAGAAAAAGAUGAUUCACUUCAUUCAAAUCAACAACAAAAUCAACAAUUUCAAACAAAUGAACAAACAUCUGAAUUUAAUGAAGAACAAUUACCUGAUUUAAAUGAUAAUCAUUCAAAUGCUUUAGAUGAAAAACCAUCUUUACUUGAUUUUUUUCGUGAUCAUAUAUCACCAUUUUCUGGGCAUGAAAAUGCAUAUCAAUGGUUUAUUCAACUUGAUUCAACAUUUUCUAAUUUGAAAUUAUCAUUUGAUGAAUGUCUUAAAAUUCUUCCAUAUUUUUUCGUUGGUCGAUCAAUGAUUUGGUAUAGUUUGAACAAACACAAAAUAAAUUGUUAUACAGAUUUUUGUCAAUUAUUUACCCUUGAAUAUAUUAAUACUAAACAAAUACCUGAUUCUCAUAUUUCUUCACAAUGUUCAAAUAGACAUUCUUUAAUUAAUUCACAAGUUAUUAACAAUAAAGAUUUUAUUGAUAAACCUACUGAUCAUUCAGGUAAUAUCACAAUCCCACUUACUCAUCAUCACAUUUCAUCAACUGAUUCAAAUAAUUCAACUUUAUCUCAUUCCAUAUCAUCAACAAUAUCAAAAGCAUUAAUUGAUAAAUUUGUAAAAGAUCCUAUAAAAUUCUAUGGGGGAAAAGAUAGUGUUAUUAAUUGGUUAGAUGAAAUUGAACAACAAUUUCAUAAUAUGCAAUUAUGUGAAUCAGACAAAUUAAAUUUAAUUCAAAUCUGUUUAAAAGGUGAUGCUCAACAAUGCUAUCGACAAAAUAAAAAAUAUUUUACUUCUUGGUCACAAUUUGUAACAGAAAUAAAAAAAUCCUAUCAUUCUAAUCUGCAACGAGAUAUAGCAUUUAAAAAACUUCAACAAUAUCAUCAAACACCUCAUCAAUCAGUUUUCUAA